AUUGCUAUUGCAGCUGACUGCUCUUUCUUUUCCUUAACUUGCACUCUUUCUUCUUGCACCACACCAUCCUCUCUUUUUACUUUCCUUCUGUCACUCUCUCUCCUUAGAGUGACCUUUGGCUUUGAAUUCCAGGCUUAAUAAUUACUGACAUAUACACCGAACCCCUUAUUAAUUCUCUGCUACUUCAAAGACAUGGUUGGUGUAAGUUUAAUUCCUCAGUGGCUUGAGAUUCUUCUGCGAGACAAGUUCUUUAACCCGUGUAUAAUUCACGAGUUUGCAAAGAAGAAUGAGAAGAACAUCUUUUGCUUGGACUGUUCCAUCAGCAUCUGCCCCCAUUGCGUGCCUUCUCACCGCUCUCAUCGUCUCUUACAGAUAAGAAGAUAUGUUUAUCAUGAUGUUAUAAGGUUGAGUGAUGCUCAAAAAUUGAUGAAUUGUUCCCUUGUUCAACCAUACACAACAAACAGUGCAAAAGUGGUAUUUUUGAACCAAAGGCCAAUGUCCCGCCCCUUUAGAGGCUCAGGCAACUUUUGCAUUACAUGCGACCGUAGCCUUCAAGAUCCUUACUACUUCUGCUCUCUCUAUUGCAAGGUUCAUCAUCAGCUAGUGACCGCUAACAGUAGUGGAAACUGUGAAUUCUUACCAAUAUUACCAGCCAAAGCGAGAAGAGAUCGGAGCCUUACAGUUUCGGAGAAUGAAGAAGAUGUUCAAAUAACCCCUGACUCGGUCCUUGACUCGGGUGUUUCUCUCUCCGGGUCUAGAAGUACUGCAACUGCAAGUGGUUGUGGUGGUGCAGUGAGUUCCAAGACACUAGCUUGUACAGCCACCACUACUGAAUUCGUGAAAAAGAAACGCAGCAGCUUAAACUUGGUGCCUCGAGUCUCGUUCCAGAUGAAAUGCUCGCCGACGGCGGAGGUUGCGGUGGCUUUGAACCGGAGAAAGGGAGUGCCUCACCGUUCCCCUAUGAAUUAAUUGAAUAAUUUGAAUGUGAUGUCAUAUGGGACAAUGGGCCAAGAAGGACGUUUGAUAUUCAGGUGGUGUACUGACUGUUUUUGCUGGUUUCUCUUUUGCUAGGGGAGAAGAUUUUUUACUUGUAGAGUGAUAAUUGUCCUAUCUAUCUUUGGCUAGCUGCAGGCUAAUGAUUCCAAUUCGCCGAUUCCAAUUCGCCAACAUAUUCAUCGUUUUAAAGGCUGUAUUUUAGUACAUAAAUGCUCUUUCA